AUGCCCGGAGCACAGCCUACCAAUGGCACUCCUCCCAACCUGGAAAAGCAGAGGGGCACCCCUCCCAGCCUCGGGAAGCAGAGUGGCACCUCUCCCAGCCUGGGGAAGCAGAGUGGCACCCCUUCCAGCUUGAGGGAAGCAAUCAAUGGCACCCCUCCCAGCCUGGGGAAGCAGCGUGGCACCCCUCCCAGCCUGGGGGAAGCAGACAGUGGCACCCCUUCCAGCUUGAAGGAAGCAAUCAAUGGCACCUCUCCCGGCCUGAGGGAAGCAGCCAGUGGCAUUCCUCUCAGCCUGGAGGAAGCAUCCAGUGCCACCCCUCUCAGCCUGAGGGAAGCAGCCAGUGCCACCCCUCUCAGCCUGAGGGAAGCGGAGUGGCACCCCUCCCAGCCUGGGGGAAGCAGACAGUGGCACCCCUUCCAGCUUGAAGGAAGCAAUCAAUGGCACCUCUCCCGGCCUGAGGGAAGCAGCCAGUGCCACCCCUCUCAGCCUGAGGGAAGCAGAGCGGCACCCCUCCCAUUCAAAAUCGCUGCUAGUUCUUUUCAGUCCUAUUCUCUACAACGUUUCUAA